AUGUACAAGAGCAUCGUACUGCACCAUACUCACGAGACCAAACACCCUGUACACCACGAGGAGCACCAUGAAGAGCACCACGAGGAACAAGGCAAGAAACACGAACAGAACCACCAUGAUGAACACCAUUACGAGCAGUACUACCAUGAUGACCACCACCACGAGCAGUACCACCAUGAUGACCACCACCACAAGGAACAACAUCAUGGAGAACACCAUCACGAGGAACACCACGGCCACGCCUCCUCGUCACAGAGCAUCAAGCAACACCACGGACAUGGCACCGAGAAGCACGUCGUCUACUAUUCUCACCCUAAAUAUGAAUUCGCGUACAAAGUGGAGGACCCUCACACCGGUGACAAGAAGUCUCAACACGAAGCUCGUGAUGGUGAUGUCGUGAAGGGCGUGUACAGUCUGCACGAGCCCGACGGUACUGUCAGAAUCGUGGAGUACCACGCUGACAAGAAGACUGGAUUCAACGCCAACGUGAAGUUCGUCGGUCACGCCAAGCACAUCGUUCCUGAACACCACCACCACCACUGAUUCUGAUCUCCAUUGUUAAAUAACCUCAUUGUUGAACCUUAUGUCUAAGUCAUUAUUUAUUUUGUUUUCGCAAGAAUUUGUUGUAAAAUUGAAUGUAA